UUACAGGACAAGCAACUUCCCAGUUGGCACUCCUAAAUUCAGUUGUGACAACCAAGUCCGAGCAGGCUCUCCCCUGAUUUAAAGCGCUGUUGUAAAGCCAUUGACAUUGAAAUGCAUGGAGCUCUUACACCAUGCCGUCCCCUGGGCACUUCUACGUGGCUGACGCAGCGCAGCGAGUACCUGUGCAGCUCGUAAUCUCUCUCGGGCCCGGAGCCUAAUCCUUGUUUGUGUGUGUGAUUAGCGAGUAAAUCUGUGUAGCAUUAGCUUGUGUUGGUGAGGAUCAAUUGUCCGUAUGGAUUGUCUCGACGGAGCUCCUGGAAAGUUGAGGAACUUCAAGAAGAGUGACUUUGGGCCCGACUGGAUAAAAGUGGCUGAGCGCAGGUUCAGCAAAGUGUACCGAGUCAGGCUGAAUGUCUGGAGGGAGCAAUGUGCCCUGAAAUGCUUAGAUACCAGCGUGUCGGCAAACAAAUUCUACAGAAGAAUGACAGAGGAGGCCUCAGAGAUAGCAAAAGUGAAAAUCAAAUAUAUCGUUUCCAUCUAUGGGCUGUGCAGCGAUCCUGCUGCGGUGGUGAUGGAGUACAUGAGUAAUGGCUCCCUGGACCAUCUCCUGGACAGUCACACCAUCAUGUGGCCCAAGAAGUUCCAGAUGAUUCACGAGGUCACCAUGGGCAUGAAUUUCCUCCACAGCAUGACUCCCCCCAUGCUUCAUCUCAACCUCAAGACGUCCAACCUACUGCUCGACGAGCACCUCCACAUCAAAAUUUCAGAUUCCGGGUUAAUCAGGUGGGAAGAGGGCUUGGACAAGGGGAUUUUCCUGGAUUACCUGACGUCAAGAGGGAACAUCAGUUACAUUCCUCCUGAGAUGUUCAACAUGUCUCCCCAACCCCCUGGAGCUGCUUUUGACGUGUAUAGUUUCGCAAUUGUCAUCUGGGAGAUUCUGACACAGCAAAGACCGUACCCAGGGCGCAGUGUGACCACGCUACUGGUGCAGGUAUCAGGGGGUAAGCGGCCCUCUGUAGACAUGGUGCCUGACGACAAGCCCCCUGAGUGUGGCCAGAUGAUUGACAUCAUGGAGCAAUGCUGGGACCAGGACCUUCACUCAAGGCCAUCGUUUGCAGAUAUCGUGAGUAAAACAGAGGUGCUCAGCGAAGUCCUGAAGAUUCCAGGCAUCAACGGUUCUGUCAAGCAGAGACCAGAAUACCUUCAGCUGACCAGUCCACCGCAGAAAAUUGCGCAUCCGGACAUGGCUGACCUUCCUCCAGGUUCUACCGCCAUGCUGUCGCUCCUGAGAAAGAAGGAUUUUAAAAGUUUCCGUCAGUCUGUGCAGAAGGAGCACACCUCAACGUUGUUCUCAGAGAACAACACUCUGCUUCACCACACCGUCGCUACCGGGGAUGCAGAGAGUGUCCGGCAUCUCCUUCAUCUCGGUGCCGAGGUCAACUGCCAGAGCGCCAGGGGUUACACACCUCUCAUCGUCGCCGUCCUACACAGGAUGCAUGAGAUCACGUCCCUGCUGCUGGAGCAUGGGGCGUCGGCGACCAACUUAGACCAGGACCAGUGGACGCCGCUUCACUUCGCCUGUCAGAACGGCGACGACAGGACCGCGCGGCUUCUGUUGGACCACGCAGCGGAGGCGGACGCGCCGGACACCAUGGGCUGGAUCGCCCUCCACCUGGCCUGCCAGAACGGCCACGAGGCGGUGGUGCGGCUGCUCCUGUCUCGGCAGCCGCCGCCGCCGCCGCCGCCGUCGACGACGGAGGAGGGGGGGACGGUGGCGGCGGAGGCGCUCAGUCGAGCCGAGCUGAAACAUGGGAGAGUGCCUCUUCACCUGGCCUGCUACUACGGACACCUGGGCAUCGCCAAGCUGCUUCUCUGCAAGGGGGCCGACCCCAACGCUGCCGACCGCUCCCGGGCCACCCCCCUGCACCUGGCGGCCGAGGGGGGCUUUAACCGGGUGGUGAGGCACCUGGUGAAGAGCGGGGCGCUCGUCGACAGCGUGGACAGCAGUGGCUGCACGCCGCUGCACGUGGCCGCCCGCAAGGCCCACAGGGGCAUCUGUAGGACACUGCUGUCCGGCGGGGGCCACCCCGACCCCCGGAACGAGCAGGGCUGGACCCCUAUGCAUUUGGCCGCGUCCAAAGGCCACAGGACCACUGUGCUCGAGCUGGAGAGUCAGGGCUGCAGUGUGAACGCCAAGGGGGAGAACGAAUGGACGCCGCUGCACCUAGCGUGCAAACAUGGCUAUGGAGAAAUGGUGGCCGAUCUCUUGGCUGCCAAGGCAGAGCCCAACGUGGUGGAGAACAUAGCGGGCAGGAUGCCGCUACAUCUGGCCUGCAUCAGUUGCAGUUUCACCAGCGUGCUGGAGCUUAUCUUACACCAGGCGGAGGUCAACGCGGUAAACAAGUACAAUGACACACCGCUACACCUGGCGGCAAAUCACGGCUGCGCUGCCAUCGUGAAGGCCUUGCUACUCAAUGGGGCUGACGGGACUCUGCUGGAUUCCUCUGGUUCCACAGCACUAGAUCUGGCCCGAAAGGGGCAACGGGAGGAAAUAGUACAGCUAUUGGUAAAGAAAUAAUCCAGACUGCCAAAGUACAGUGCUAGCAACUCAGCCCUAAAUAGGUUGGUAACAUACCGGGGCGAAGCGUCCACGCAGUAUGUAUAGGAAAAUGUGUAACGUUUUAUUUCAAUAAAAAAAUGUAUCAACUUGUAAAAAGAAAGGAUUUAGUGAUUGCAUCACCAAAGCCGAGCAGGCAUUCCAACCGAGGAGCACUACUGGCUGAUAGGGAGAACUCCCCUCUUCACCUGGAUAAAUGAAAGAAGAAACUCUGCCAACCCUUUCGCUUUAUCUCUAACCGUAAGUCCCAUAUUCACCAUGCUUGAUUUAUGUUGAUAAAAUCUUUACGUGUAAAGCCGGACGAGACGACUCUGUUUCCAACAACGUCAGCUCGUCAAAAGCUAGAUCCGGUGAGUGGUGAAUUAGAGGAGAUAGAAAGACGGUAUCGAUUGUCAGCCAGGGUCCAUUUAUUCCCUCUACAUUACAAAAUAAACAUGUGGCAUAAGUUGAAAUGAUAAAUGGAUGGCCGUCCAUGCUCGCGUAAUGAGUUAUUGAAGCAGGAUUUAUAAAACAGGGCACCUCUCAGACUAUGAACAUGGUGUCUGAGUGUGUGUAGCCAGGGAACCAGCCGGGAGGAGAGGCCAUUAGCUCGGAAAGCCCGGGCUUAGCAAGACUGCAUUGCAAAUGUGACACAUUGUGGUUGUAUUUAUCUGCUCAUCUCCAUUGUUCUAUCGUCUAUAGAGUAAUGUUUCUGAUGCUAAUCAUGCAUAUAAUGACAUUUCCUUAAUGUAUUCGUCUCCCCUGGCAACAAGACAGAGGGUCCUGCUUGAUGUACGUGACGAACGUUGCAUCCUCUCUGUAAGACGUGACAGUGAUAGGUGCAGAGAUCGAGAUCUGGUGUUCCGGAAGGUGUUUUACAAAUAUUUGUGGUAUGCUCGCGGCUUCCCUGAGAUGCUCAACCUGUCGGACUGUGUUUCAUUUUGCUGUCAGUGAGGCCUGUGUAUGACGGGAAACUUCAGGUCAUCAGGUGUACAGUUCUCCUCAACCUGAAUAUAUGAUGGACAGCAGUGAUAACAUGCAAAUCAGAAUGGUUUAUUUUGUACUCGUAAUGUGAAUUAUUAUUAUAUUUUUUAUUGUUGUUAUUAUUGAAACAUCCCAUGUGAUAAACUCUCGUGUCCCUGUG